GGCCAGUCUGCUCUGACUUCCCGGAGGCACUGUGGUUUCAGACCUUCUGCCAGUUUGCCCAGUAUCGCUGCUUCAAACGCCAGUUCUACGUCAAGGCUGAUGCCCUGCUGAAUGCCAAUGUGGACACUCUCCUGAAGUACUCCUAUGCUCUGUCAAAUCAGAAACCGCUGCCGAGGAAGCUCCCCUUGGCUGCGCCAGAGAUGCCAAGACCCCCGCAGGACGGGGGGCUGCCUGUUCUUCCACCAAACCUGCCGGUCCCAGCUGCCCCUAUCCCCUCACCUACCAGCCUGUUAGCCCUGAAGAAUGACGAGGCAGUGAUGAUACUGUGCUAUGCAAUGCUGGAGGGAAACUGUCUCUCAUCUGUGGUCACCCAGGCCUGGAAGGAGAUGGAAGAAAGAGUCCUUGGGUUUGGAGAUUCGGUGUGUGACAACCUCGGGCGGUGUCACAUGGACCUAUGCCCUGACUGUGCUUUCUGCUCACUGAAGAGGGAGCAGUGUCAAAACAUCCAAAACCUGAACCGUGUUCACUGUGAGACAAGCGGCUUCACCAGCUACAUCAACCCUCAGGUCUCAGCCCAGCACCAGGCUGCAAGCAACAAGUUUUUCAGAGGGCUGCGGGCGGAGUACUGGUGCAGCCGCAUGGCCACCCAUGGCUGUGGGGACCCUCGUGUGACCCUCUGGCUGAAGGCAGAGUACGCCGCCUUCAAAGACAGAGAUCGCCCAAGCCAGAUCUGCGACUCGGGUGGAGUUCAGCACCCCAGCUACUGCACGUUCAAGAGCCACCAGUGUCUGCAGCACAGCCUCUACAACCAGAAGGCCUAUAACAGCCAGUGGUUCUCCCAAGGAUGA